CGCGCGCGAUCGACGGCAGCAGACAGGCACUAGCUAUACAGGCGAUCGGUUAACUACGCGAUAACAAGAAAGAGAUACAGAGAGAGAGAGGACCAAUGCGCCGAGGAGAAGAGGGGAAAUAUGCGCGCCGGGGUGCACCUAUAUAAAGGGUGUCAUCGCCAACCCCAGACACCCAUUCCACCAGAAACCACCACCAAACCACGCCGUCGCUAUAUUCACUGUAUUACGUUUUUUUCCAUUUUGACACUUACAUUUCACGAUCUCUCGUCCUCUGCAUCGCCCUACGCAUCGAGAAGUCUAAAAGUCGACAAAAUGAUCGCACUUUGGGCUUUCAUUGUGAUGGCAUUUCUCUAUAAUUGGAUGUUCGUGUCUUCUUCGAUAUUGACGCCACUCCAAGACGAUAGUAGCUUGAGAAUCUUCAAGGAAUCGCCGAAUGAAUUUGAAUAUGUGAUAAAAAGACAUGGCAUCAAUGAGCGUAAAGAAAAUACCGAAACUAAAGAGAGACGCAGCACUAUGGGUUCUUCCUUCAUUAGAUUCGGACGCAGUCAGUCUGCCUUCAAUCUCGCCGAUAAUUCCGUCUUCGACGAAGAAACUGAUUCAAUGGUCAGCAGGCAUCCCCGAUGGAAGUCGCCAGAUAUCGUGAUCAGAUUCGGUCGAUCUAACUUCAAGGCUGUCAACGAUGGACAACUCAAACGCGGGCGAAAUGAUCUCAAUUUUAUCAGGUUUGGUCGUAGUGUACAAGUCGUGCCGGCUUCUCUCAAUUUAUCUGCGGUGUGUUCGGAGCUUAUGUCAAACAUUGUGAUCAGCGGCACGAAAUUACAUCCGGAUGUGUCGAGAUUUCUCCGUCUUUGCAACGGCCUGAACAAGAUAACCGAUGAAAUCAGUUUGGACGCCUCAGAGCAUCAGGAUAGCCCGAGUCGUCACGAGUAGGCCUGCUUGCUGUUAUCCGAGCUUGUCCGAGAUCCGAGAUCGUCCCAUGCGGAUUCGUCCUGUGGAUUCGAUGUCGAAUGUCAACGAGGAUUCGUAGUGUUCCAGUUUGUCGAAUCAAUUUGACCGCUAUGACCGAAUUGCAUUUGGCUUUGAGAUGACGACCGGAUCGCGUUACUAUCAGCGCGGAUUUAUACUUAAAUGGAUCUCUCGCACGUCGAUUUGUCAAACAAUUUGAAAAUGAUUACUCGAUUGUUGCAAUACUGCGAAGAAACAAUAAGAUCUAUUUGAAUAAGAUUCUCUUCUAUUCCUUAUUCCUUUGUUAAGUCGCAGUGUCACAAAUGUCACGAGUCACGAAAUGCUAAUCUAUAUUAAAUUUUUUAAUAUGUGAACUCGUUGCGUCUUUCUUGAAAAUAAAAAUCAAA